AUGGCACUCCGGAAACGCGCAAUAAACGCGUCGGUAAACACGACAGAGUCAUCCCCUACGCCUCUCUCCCUUCCCAAGACUCCGCGUCCACGACAAUCGAUUGCCAUCAGUCAGUCUCCCGCCACAACACCCUCCAUUUCGACCAAUGUCGCGUUCGAUUGGGAGGCAGCCCGCUCAAGAGCUCCUUACUCGACGCCACAGUCUGGAGCCAGACUAGCUCGGCGCAGCAUGGGCGCGUCAGCUACCCCUCUUCGCAAAGGUGUCAUUCGCAAGAAGAGUUAUUAUGAGCGUAUCGCGUCUAUACCUUCCCAGAUUUCUUUCCAAAUUGCUAUGUUUCCUGCUAAUGUCCCGCUACCCAAGCCACAAACAUCCGCCUGGAUUGUAGGAGGAACUCUCCACUUCAUCCACCUUUGUAUUCGCUUCAGCCAGGCCAACAACGUCCCAGACUCGGACCUUGGCUGGGAGGACAUGUAUCGGGAGGGCGAAGGCCACUCUUGGUUCGACUGGACGGUGCCUGUAACACUUUUGCUCGUCGCGGCGUCCUUCUUAAAUGCGCUCUAUCUAUUGACGCGGGUCAAGCUCUAUCGUCUACACUUGCGUUCGGACCCAGUGUCGUCUCCCAAUGCAAAAUUUGUUGCCGCUCAGCUCGACUUCCAGCCUCUGGUGCCGCCACCAUUGUCAACCCGAGUCCUCAGAUCAGCCUUGUUUGGCUUCAACACCUCGUGGAGGUUCUUGUUGGGAUUUCAAUUACCAGUACGCAACCCGCCACCUCCCCCCAAGGUCGCCCGUGUCCAGCAACUUGAGGUGUGGACACCAGGAGAGUUCGAAUCAAUGUUGUUCAACGUAUAUUCUCCUGCACAUUCGCUGUUGUGGUGCGCAACGGGUCCCUCAAACUGGAUCUCGAAUAUCCUCAUCAUGGGUUUCGUGAGCGCUCAGUCGUUUUUGAUCACCCAUUUCUUCAAAACCCUUAUCAAGGACAAGGAAAUUAUCGCAGCAGAGGUCUUCAAUGAGUACAACACCGGAUUCGUAUACCCCCGGUUGAACCCGGUCCGGGCAGAUGUUGGUGUUCAAACCCAUCAGUCGGAGGUAGUCAAUGUAUGGGAAGAUUAG